UUCAACCUUAGAAACCUGAGCUUCCAAGAUAUUCCCUCUCUUCCAUUCUCCCACUUUUCCCUUUUUCUUAAUUUUUUACUUAAUUCCAUUGAUUCUCUCUCUCAAUUUAAAUAUCUACACCCCUUCCUUUCCCACCACCGUUUACAACACAACACAUCAAUCUCAUCAAAUCAAACACAUAAUGGACCCUUGUCCUUCAUCCUUGAACACGAACACAAACGCAAACACAAACACAGUGAAUGGGUUCUAUACGUUCCUAAGCAGAGGAAUGGAGGAACUAGAAAGAGCCUUCAUAGCGAACAACUUCAUGUCAAUACAGUUCCUGCAAAGGGUUCUAUUACUCCUUCGAUCCUUCCACACACAACUAACAGUUCUGGUUCACAAGCUCCACCUGCCGGUGGGUGACAAGUGGCUCGACGAGUAUAUGGACGAAACCUCCAAGCUUUGGGAAACCUGCCACGUCAUCAAGUCCGGCAUUUCUAACUUCGAACCUUACUACUCUGCUGGCAUCAACCUCGCUUCCUCCCUCGAUUCUCACUCCCACCUCACUCCACAACUCUCGCGACAGGUGGUGAGGGCAAUAUCGGGGUGUAGAAGGGAAGCGUUGGGGUUGGAGGAGCAGAACCGUGUGUUGAUGGAAACGAGGAUCCAUCCACUCUCUCUGCGACUUGAGGAGAGGGUAUCGGUGGAAUCAAAGCUAAAUGGUUUCAACGGCUUCAGAGGAGUGCUGUACGCAAUGAGGAACGUUAGUUCGAUAUUGUUAAUGAUAUUGCUACAAGGGUUAGUGUACUGUUGGCCAGAAACCUCGGAGUUGGUGGUGACAGGGUACGAGGGGGGACGCUUGGGAGUGAUGAUGUCGGCGGCGAGGUUGCGGCAAAGGGUGGCGGCGGAGAUGGGUGGUUUGGGGGAAGGGAUACUGUUGUAUGAGUUUAGGAGAGCGAGGGUGGCAAUGGAGGAGCUGAGAGGGGAAUUGGAGAGACAGGUUCAGUGGGAAACUGAGAGAGUGGAGAGUCUUAGGUUGUGUUUUGGAGUUCUUAGAUCUGGUGCUGACAACAUUAUUUGCCAGCUUGAUGAUUUCUUUGAUGAGAUUGUUGAAGGGAGAAAGAAGCUCUUGGACUUCUGUAGUCAUAGAUAGGUAAAAUUAUGAAGAAAAUUAAAUGCUAUUUUUAAUCUUGUCUCGUUACCCAAUUCUAAAGGGAGACGCGGUUAAAAAGUAAUGUUUUUGUUUCGUGUUGAUUUUCUUUUAUUCACUUGGUACUUUUUAAUUGGAAGACAAGAAAUGAAACGGCAAACGGGUGAUUUGAUUCCCAGUUGCAGUUGC